GAAUUCUCUUGCGAAGUUGGUCGACAUGUUUGAAACUGAUUAUAAACAUCUCUGCAGAUUCGAAGUGACGUCUCAGUACUUCUAAACAAGCAUUUUUGGCUGAAAACAUUUAUUUUGAUUAAAUUGAAUUGCUGGAAAAGUGUGAAAGAAAUUACAUAGAAAAUACAGGAAAGAUAUCAAAAGUAAACAGAUAAUAUGUGAAGUUUGCAUUUGUUGCAAUGACUUUAAAGAUGAAAUUUUAAUGUUCAUUUUGUUACAUUACACCUCAAUAUCAUGCCUACUAAACAACAGUUAGAUAAAGCUGCUUGGGAAUGGGCUGAAAAAUUUGAACCAUCUGAAUUAACUCAACAGCAUAUUGAAACAGCAUACAGGGUAAAAUUAAAACCAUGUAAACCAAAUUCCUGCAGACGAAAUUGCAAAGGAAAUCCACAUUGUCUGUAUGGUUUGGGAGAAAGAAGUUGGUUGCAAGAAAUUGCCGAUGAAGAUUGGCAUGAAAUAGAUGAUCCAAAUUCUGAACGAAGACCGAAAGAUUCUUUUGUUGGUUUAAAAAAUCUAGGAGCAACUUGCUAUGUCAACAGCUUUCUUCAGGUAUGGUAUCAUAAUCCAGCUUUUAGAAAGGCAAUUUAUCAGUGGAAAGCAGAUGACGAUCCUCAAGAAAUAGAGGCAAAAAUGAAAUGUGCUGAAACAAAAAGUGAAUCAACUUCUUAUAAUCCUUCUUCUUGCAUUGGUCAUUUGCAAUUAAUAUUUUCUUUUCUUCAAUUUAGUGUAAGAAGUUACAUCGAUCCUUCACAAUUUAUAAACUAUUUGGGCUUGAAUGCAACUCAACAGCAAGAUGCCCAAGAAUUCAGUAAAUUAUUUAUAUCAUUAUUAGAAGGCAAACUUUCAUAUCAGAGUAAUCCUGCUGUAAGCAAUAUUGUGCAAGAACAGUAUAGUGGAGAAUAUGCCUAUAUCACUAAGUGUCGAAAUUGCUUGAACGAAUCGACAUAUCCUUCUUUAUUUUAUGAACUUGAUCUAAAUAUUAAAGGACAUAAAGACAUCUAUUCAUGUCUUGAUGAAUUUUUAAAGGAAGAAGAGCUUGAUGGAAGCAAUCAAUAUUACUGCAGCUAUUGCCAAAAUAAACAGAAUGCAACGCGUGCCAUAAGACUAUUACGUUUGCCUAAACUUCUCAACUUACAGCUACUAAGAUUUGUGUUUGACCGUCAAACGGGUUGUAAAAAAAAACUUAAUUCCUAUAUACAAUUCUGUGAAGUUUUGGAUCUGAGUAAAUAUGUACAAAAACCAGAAAACUCUGUAUUAUAUGACCUUUACGCUGUACUGAUUCACCAAGGACCUAGUGCGUAUUCUGGCCACUAUGUGGCUCACAUUCAAGAUAGGAUAUCUGGUGCUUGGUUUAAAUUCAAUGAUGAAACAGUUGAAAGAAUGGAAGGAAAGAAACUUCAACUUGGUACAGAAGAAAAUUUAACAGAUAAUUCAACUAAAACUAAUCCUAAAGCACCUAAAUUAACGAAAGGAAGCCAUGCUUCAAACAAUGCUUACAUGUUAGUCUAUCGAUUACGAGAUGAUAAUUAUAAAGAAUAUCCAGCAGACACUUCUGAAGAGUGGGAUCUACCAGAGUAUUUGCAAGAAGCUGUAGUUGAAGAUAAUAGCAAAUUUGAAGAAUGGGUUGCUGAUUUGGCUGUUAUGAGGGAACAAAAUGUAAUGACAGGUAAAGCAAGACAAAUGGAAAUAAGAUCUUUAUAUGAAAUUCUUCCAGUAAAAGAAGGUAUGCCUUAUGAGUGGAUCAAUACAGAUUGGUUAGGAAAAUGGCUCACCAGUGACACAGGAAAUAUCUUGCCCAUUGACAAUUCUCAGUAUUUCUGUGUGCAUGGAAAGCUACAUCCAGACCAAGUUACAAAAAUGAAAUGUAUUAGUUUGGAGGCAGCUGAAAAAAUUUAUGAGAAAUAUGGAGGAGGCCCAAGAUUUAGUAACUUAUCUCUCUGUAGAAAUUGUGUUGAAAUGAGAUGUAAGUUACUUCGACUGAAAGCCAAGAUACAAGAAGAAAGCAAAAUACUUACAAAUCUCGUAAAGGCAAAAAUUUCUGAUGAAGAAAAUGCCUAUUGGAUAGGAAAAUGUUCUCUUCGAAGUUGGAGAAGAAUGGUUUUGGAUCAGUAUGAACAUGAUGAUUUGGAGAAAACUAAAACUGAAAAUACUUCUGAAAUUUUUGAUAAUAAUGAACAUUUACUAGAAUCUGGAAAUAAUGAUGACCCUUCCAUUACACUUCAGGAUGAAACUGAUGAUGAAGUUCCAUUAGGAUUUAAUGAAGAUCUCUUAUGUGAACACAAUAAUUUGUCAGUUGACGGAAACACUAGAAAAUUAAUUCCAGAGAAAGCUUGGAAAAUAUUUAAAUAUUAUUUUCCUUUUGCUCCUGAAUUUUCAAGGAAUAGAGAUCCUUGUUCUUUAUGCUUGAUUCAAGAAGCAGAAGACAAAGAAACUCGUGACCGGUAUCGUUCCCUUGCUGUUGAACAGAAAUCUCUUCUUCAGGAGCUAUACUUGGAUCGCAAUAGACCAAACUGGCAAAAGUCAAAUCUAGGACAAAAAUUUUUUAUAGUUUGUCAUAACUUUGUUGAACAGUGGAGGAAAUUUAUCAAAGAACCUGUUCGUAAAGAACCAGUAGGGAGGUUGCAGUGUCUAAAAAGGUUUGUCACUAAUAAAGAAAUGACUACUAAUAUUGGUGAUGAUGUAAUGGAAACAUUGUCAGAUAAAAAUUUUGAUAUUACAAUAGAACCAGGUAAGAGGAGGUUGGAAUUAUUGUGGGAACAUGAAUGGAAUAUACUAAAAAGGCUUUUUAGAAUAGAUGUUGAAAUAACUGCACAACGAAAAGAAGAACUUAAUGGAAAUUCCAUUCUUGCAACUACUCCUGAACUGUGUCAUUCAUGUUAUGCAAAUAGACUUCAGUUAGAACAGCAGCAGUUACUGGAUUUUACAAAUGCAAAAAUUUAUGUCCGGCGGGUGUCAAAACUUGAAGAGGCAGAAAUAAAUGAACUCUUGGAUAAUAACUGUAAUCCAGAUAAUAAUGAUCAUAGAAAUAAUGAUAGUGAGUUUGUACAAAAUGUUAAAAAGAAGAAAACAGGUAAUGAGACUGAAGCAGUUACUGCUGAUUGGCAACCAAGAAGAAGCAACAGACGCAGAAAGUUGAGAGGAGAAAAAGAAAUUAUUGUAUCUUCCAAUCAAACUUUGAGAGAUUUAAAAUUAGAGAUAAUGAAAGUAUUUUCAGUAGCACCAUAUGAUCAACAUUUAACACUAAAUGGACGUCCAUUAUUAAAUAAUCAAGCCACUCUAACUGAUUUAUGUGUAUUUCCUGAAAGUUUGAUAUUAUUAAGGGCAGAUGAACCGAGCGAAGAGACCAUUGUUAUGGAAGAUUAUUUGAAAGCCGCGGUGCCAGAAACAGGAUUCAAAGGGACAGAGUUAGUGAAGAGUUAGGAGUGCUUCGGCAUCAGAAAUCCUUCAGUAUUAGCACGUGACAGCGUAUACAUCGAGCAGCACUUGACUUCGUUGGAUCCUACUCUUAGCGAUUAUAGAAAGCAUUCCAGCUUACCCCGAGAAGGAAAAUAAAUUUUUGGACGCUAAAAGUGUUGCCAAUGAAAUCAAGUCAUAUAUUUGAGUGGCCCCUUUUUUUCUUCUUUAGGAAAAAAAUAAAAAAUAAAUAAAUAAACUGAACCGUGCGCUGUUACGUUUGACUUUUGCUAUCUCGUUUUUCUUUUUUUUUCUUUUUAAAGUGAACCAAUGCAAGAUCUGUUAGUUCCGAAGUGAUUAUAAAUGUAAAGGUCAAUGCUCCGGUUCUCCCGAUACCCCGAGAUCUCUGGGACACCGAACUAAAGUGUCCUUGGCAGUCUGUGGUUGAUGAGUCGUAACAGUGAUCCUUCGUCUGUAAUGACCGCUACAUAAGGCUGCUCACUGUAUAUUAUUGGAGUGGGAGGGAGUCUAAAAUGUAAAGACGGAUGGGCAUUUAUAUACAUAUGCAUAUAGAAGUGUAUCCGAUGACAUCAAUUGAAAUAAAGUAGAUAAUUCUAUUUGUCUGCUGGAUUUCUCUACAUAAAUUACUCACUCGGUUAUAUAACCGACACUUAUUGUUAGCGCAGUUAUUGUUAAGGAUUUGGCAGCCUUUAAGAAGUCUUAAC